AUGAUUGAAAUCUAGGCUGAUGCAACUAAUGGAGAUACAAAAGGUUUUGGAUUUUGGUCAAAAUAUAUAGCAAAUUCAGUUUUUUCUGAAGAAUUUAUAUUGAAUAAACCAUUUGAUGAUCCAAUUUGUCAAACAGAAGUCUGUACAUUUCAUGGUUUCUAUUUUCUAAAAUUGUUUGAUGAGAAUUAAUUAAAUUUUGCAGCAAUAAUUUUAAAUAUGAAUGAUAAUCCAAUAAGCUUAACACAUGAUUUUUAUUUGUUUAAUUAAGAUUCAGAAAUCAUUGAGCAAGCAUCAGUAAAUUUUGUGGCAAGUUUGUAUGAAAAUAUUUGGUAUUACACUUUAUUUCUUUAUUCAAAAAAUGAUCAAAAACUCAGAUUUUAUACUAAUUUCAAUAAUUAAUUAUUCAUAUUCUAAUAUUAGAUAAUUACACAAAAAAUUUCAAUAAUUUUAGGUGGAUAUGAUACUGAUCUUUCAUAAAAUUUUGUUUAUAAUUUAGGUCCUUUACUUUAUUUUAAAGGAUAUUUUUCUCCUAUUCAAGAAUUUAAUACUUUUUUUUAUAAUGAUAACACUUUUGAUAAUUUAUUUUCUUAUUGUCCUUUAUAAGAUUAAAAAACAAUUUUAGAAAAAAGUGAUUUAUAUAGACUAAUAAAUUUUUAGAGCAUUUAAGAUGAUUUUUUAUUGUCAGCAUAUACAUUCAUACUAAAAAAUUAGAGAUACACAAUUUAAUGUUGGCUUAAACAAAAUUAUAUUGAAGUAUAUAAUAAUUUUUUCGAUAGGCUUUUGAGUAUUAUUUAAAAAAACAAGGUUAAGCAUAUUACUAUCUAGAGCAAUCGCCUUUUUCACUUUCAUAAAUAUAUAAUAUAAGAAAUAGAAGGAUGGGAGAUCAAAUGAUUGACUUUUAUUAUUCAGUAUAAAAUAUUUGAAAAAAUAGGUUGACUUUGAAAAUAAUAAUUAAACUGUAAUACAUUUUAAAGCAGAAUUCAUAAAAAUUCCUUUCUCUGUUCCCUUAUACUAAGAUGAAGAAUUAAGUAAAUAUGAUACAUUGGCAAUAAAUAAAGAUUAUUUUUAUGAUAAAACUUAAUAAUGGCAUUAUGUUGUAAUUGAUUAAGGAAGAAACCCAAUUGAUGGCGCAAAAAUGCAAAUUCGUUUUUAUUUUUUUAAUGAAAAACCAUUAAUAUAUGAGUUGGGAACAUACAAUUACAACUAUUAAUUUUCAGGAUCCAUAGUUUUGUUUUCGAUUUUAUAAAGAGAAUAGAGUUCUUUUCUAAAAAGCAGAACUUAAAUUGGAUGGUUAAUUUUUAUAACUGGAUAAUUAGAAGAUAAUAAUGAUAGUUAUGGUAAUUAUAAUAUAAAAUAUUGAUAGAAUGUCAUUCAAGCUGCAAGGACUGCAACGGUCCAACAAAAUACAACUGUAUUUCUUGUUAAAUAGAGUUAAAUUACUUUUUAACUUAAUUUAAUUCAUGUGAAUGCUCAUAUCUUAAUGAAUAUAACGAGAAAAGUUAAGGAUGUGACCCGAUUGAAGUUUCUCAAAGUUUAACCAUUACAACAGAGUACUCACUUGAUUAAUAUUGUUUUUUUGGAUACUUUUUAGUUUAAUUUUAGAAUAAAUACUUUUGCAUAUAAUGGUAUUUAAUAUUAUUUAUAUACUUUUAGUCCUUUAGACCAUUAAAGUGGUUUAUAAUGUGGAAAUUGUUUUCAUGAAUCACUUACUUGGUAUUAAAAGCCUAUUUGUACUUUCGAUUAUUAAUAAGAGAAGAACUCAUAUGCGUAUAUUAAAUACUAAAGAUCAAAUAUUGAUAUUGAUAUUUAUUAUAUUGAUAGUGAAAUGGAACUGUAACUACUUGAAGGAGCAAGUGAAUUCUGUGAAACUACUUAACUUGGGUGUUAUUCUAGUAUGAAAUUUCAUUUAGGAAUAUAAAUAAGAAUGAAAUGUAAAACCAAUAGAUAUUAUGAUUUUUAUUAAUGUUAAACUUGUGUUGAAUCAUGCAUCAUUUGUUAAUCUAAGGAUAUUUGUUUAAAUUGCAUAGAAAAUUAUUAUUUUAACUAUUUGAAUAAAAUUUGCUAACCUUGCCCAAAAGAAUGUAAGACCUGCUAAAAUGCUCCUGAAAAUUAAUUUGGAUAUUUAUGUGUGAUAUGCCAAGAGUAAUUAUAUUAAGUAAUAUAGAUAACACACUUUAAAUCAUUUAGGAUAGUGCUAAAGAUGUGGAAUCUAUUGUUAAUAUUGUAAAGAAGACUUUAAUAUUUAAACAUAAGAAUAUUUUAUAAGAUGUUUAAAAUGUAUUGAUACUUAGAUAAUGACAAUUAGAUUUAAUGGAAUUGAUUGCACAAUUGUUGUUAUUCCUAAUUGUUAAUACGUUUUUUUAGUCUCUAAAUCAAAUUAUUUUCAAUAUGAUGCUUUCAAUUAUAAUUUCUAACCUUCUAAUGAUUUAUUAGAUGAAAAACCUAUUUGUGCAUUAUGUUAAGAUAAUUAUUCUUAUUUGUAUGAAUAAAAUGCUUGCCUUGAAUAUGAAAUUCAAAUGUGCAAAAUUGCUGUAAUUAAAAACUUUAUUUUUAAUGGGAUCGACUAUGGACCUCAGCCAGUUUGUUUAAAGUCAGAAAAUUAAUAUUCUUUAUCUACAAUAGGAGAUGAAUGUACAACUUCAAUAGAAAAUUGUUAAUUGUGUUAUACUAAAAAACUUAAGAGUAAUGCUUAUUGCCUUUAGUGCCUCUAAGGAUAUUAUUCCUCUCGUUUAACUGGAUAAUGUUAAACAUGCCCUGAAAACCUGCAUUGUAAAACCUGUUAUCAUUCCACAAUUGGAUAUAAUGAUGAAUGGAAGAUAAAUGUAAUUAUAUUUAUCCAAUAUCUCAGAAUCUAAAUGGAUACUUCAUAUUUUGUAAAAUAAAUAAAUUUAUAUUUUAUAGUUUUGGAAUUAGGAUUAAAGUUAAAAUUUAAAUGAUUAUGAAAUUAUAUGUAAUUUUGCAACUAACACNUCUGUGAAACUACUUAACUUGGGUGUUAUUCUAGUAUGAAAUUUCAUUUAGGAAUAUAAAUAAGAAUGAAAUGUAAAACCAAUAGAUAUUAUGAUUUUUAUUAAUGUUAAACUUGUGUUGAAUCAUGCAUCAUUUGUUAAUCUAAGGAUAUUUGUUUAAAUUGCAUAGAAAAUUAUUAUUUUAACUAUUUGAAUAAAAUUUGCUAACCUUGCCCAAAAGAAUGUAAGACCUGCUAAAAUGCUCCUGAAAAUUAAUUUGGAUAUUUAUGUGUGAUAUGCCAAGAGUAAUUAUAUUAAGUAAUAUAGAUAACACACUUUAAAUCAUUUAGGAUAGUGCUAAAGAUGUGGAAUCUAUUGUUAAUAUUGUAAAGAAGACUUUAAUAUUUAAACAUAAGAAUAUUUUAUAAGAUGUUUAAAAUGUAUUGAUACUUAGAUAAUGACAAUUAGAUUUAAUGGAAUUGAUUGCACAAUUGUUGUUAUUCCUAAUUGUUAAUACGUUUUUUUAGUCUCUAAAUCAAAUUAUUUUCAAUAUGAUGCUUUCAAUUAUAAUUUCUAACCUUCUAAUGAUUUAUUAGAUGAAAAACCUAUUUGUGCAUUAUGUUAAGAUAAUUAUUCUUAUUUGUAUGAAUAAAAUGCUUGCCUUGAAUAUGAAAUUCAAAUGUGCAAAAUUGCUGUAAUUAAAAACUUUAUUUUUAAUGGGAUCGACUAUGGACCUCAGCCAGUUUGUUUAAAGUCAGAAAAUUAAUAUUCUUUAUCUACAAUAGGAGAUGAAUGUACAACUUCAAUAGAAAAUUGUUAAUUGUGUUAUACUAAAAAACUUAAGAGUAAUGCUUAUUGCCUUUAGUGCCUCUAAGGAUAUUAUUCCUCUCGUUUAACUGGAUAAUGUUAAACAUGCCCUGAAAACCUGCAUUGUAAAACCUGUUAUCAUUCCACAAUUGGAUAUAAUGAUGAAUGGAAGAUAAAUGUAAUUAUAUUUAUCCAAUAUCUCAGAAUCUAAAUGGAUACUUCAUAUUUUGUAAAAUAAAUAAAUUUAUAUUUUAUAGUUUUGGAAUUAGGAUUAAAGUUAAAAUUUAAAUGAUUAUGAAAUUAUAUGUAAUUUUGCAACUAACACAACAGAUAGUGUGAUUAAUAUUAUCUCUGAAUAAAUUAUGUUCGAUAAAGUUUAAUUUAUAAAUAAUUCAUAUUAGAAUAUUUAACAACUUCUUACAAAUAUUGAUUGGCAAUUCCCCUAAAAUUUAGCAGUUACUGAAUAUAAUUUAAAAAACAUAUUCUAAUUUAAAAGUGCAUAUGGAAACUCUCAUCUAGAAGCAGAUCUUAUUAUCGUAUAAAAUAGCCUGAUUGAAAGAUCAUAAGGAAUUAAUGGCAUUGGGUUUUAUAUAAAUGGAUAAAUAGUGAAAUUGAUUAACUUAUAAUUCAAUAAUUUAACUACUUUCUUCAAAUAUAAUGAAGAAAAUGGAGGGUGUCUUUUUAUUAAGAUACCAAUUAGUGGAUGUCAAAUAGAAAUGAAAAAUAUAACUGCCAAAAAUAUCAUUACAAAGGAUUAUGGUAGCUUUUUAUUUAUUUAGUCUAAUCAUGAUAGACUAAACUUGACAAUUAAUAAUUUGACUUUUAUAGAAUGUAUCUCUAAGAAAGGGUCAGCAUUUUAUGCAGCCUUCUAAAAAAACUCAUUGUAAAACUUAAUUAAACUUAAAAAUAUUGUAAUUAAAAAUAGUUAAGUUGCUCUUCUAAAUUAUUUGAAAUAUUUGAUAGAUAAUUAAAAUAAUUAAAAAGCAUUGUUGGAUUUAAAUAAUCGAGUAUUGAUUUAUGUUGAAAAUACAAUUCUGCUAUUGGAGAACACAUUGGUUGAAAAAAUAUUUGAAGAAUCUCUUUUAGAGAGUUUAGAUUAGGGUAAUAUAACACUAAAUAAAAUAAAAAUUUUUAAUGGAACUGUUACAAGAAAGAAUAUUAUUUCUAUUCAACCAAGAGAAGGUAAAUUUAUAUAUUUAUUAAUUAGACUUAUCGAUUUCAAUUAUAAUCAAAGAAAUUUAAAUAUAAAAUGUAAGCUAAACUGAAGAUUAAAAUGAACAAUGUUAAAUUUAAUAAAUUACUUAAAAAAUAUAUAAUAUGUAAUGCAGCUCACAAGUUGAUACAUCAAUAAAAUAAUUAAUAAUGAACGAUGAUAAGGAUUAAACAGAUUAAAUUAAAUGUUUGUAUUAAAAAUUACUUUCUGCAAAAAAUUGAUACAUAAGAAUCCGCACUAGCUGUAACUUAAAUUAAAAGUAAUGAUUUGAUUUUGAUAUCUGACAUCUACUUUUCGAAUAAUAAUUAUUCAAAAUCUGUUUGUGGACUCAUUUAUCUUUAAAUAAAUAAAAAGCUUUUUGACUUUUUCUCAAUAGUGAUUUAAGAUCUAAUAAUGAAUAAUAAUUUUUGUGGUAAAGUAGGAUGUAUCUACAUCAAUUCCAAUGUAUUUGAUGAAACUUCAACACUUGAAUAAUAAAAUAGAUUGCUUGCAUCAAAUAUUGUAUAGACUUUGUAACUAACUAAUCAUGAUAUAAUUAUUUAGAAUUAUUAAUGUUUUGAAAAUGUUGCAGAUCUUGGAACUUGCUUAUUUUCUAAUCAAACAAAUUUAAUAAUAAAAAAUUCAAUAUUUUAUAAUAAUCAAGCUAUAAUUAUUGGCGGAGCUAUGUAUUUUUGUGGAAAUUAAUCAUUUUAAUUUAUUGUAAAUUCUAAUGUUUAUAAUAACAGUGCAAAUAUAGCUGGAGCUAUCUAUUUUGAAGAUAGCCUUAGAUAAGAUAUAAAAAAAUACAAUUCCUUAGUUUUUGAUAAUAGAGCUUCAUACUUUGGAUAAAACAUUGUUUCAACUCCAACCCAUUUAUCAAUUACUUUAAAUAAUUAUCAAUAUAUUUACAACACAUUUGUUGUUGAAAAAACUAUUUAUAAUAUGAUAGAAUCAAUAAAUAAUACAAAUUAAAUAAAAUAGAAUACUAUAUUUUUACCUAGUGGAACUCCUAUUAAAUAAUACAAAAGGUUUAAUUAAAAUAAACAAGAAUUAGAAUCCUAAAAUUUAACUUUAAGAAUUGUAGCUUUGGAUGAUUAAUAUUUUAAAUUAAAUAAUUUAAAUAAUUCAAAAUGUAGCCUUGAACCAUUUAUUGUUAAUAUUGAAAAUAAUAAAAUUCAAGAAAACUUAAAUUAAUAAUUAAUUAGUUAAAAUACUGUCACUUUUGAUCCUAUUUCUAAUGAUUAUAAUUUAGAUAAUUUGAUAAUCUAUUUUGAUAGUAAAAAUACUAAUAAAACAUAUUUAAAAUUAGUUAUAACAUGUUCAAGCAUUUAAAUACCUAUAUAUGAUGAAAAUAAUUUAAUAAUUUAGUCUUUUCAUAAUAAUUAUUAAUUAUUUGUAAAUAUUAAUACUUUAAAAUGCCGCGUAGGUUAAAUUAAGUCUCUUACAGAUAAUUCUUGCCAUGAAUGUGAUCCAAAUUUAGAUUAAUAUUCAAAUUAACUUAAUUUAAAUAAAUGUUAUAUAAGAGAUGAAUAAUCUACCAUAAGUGUUACAUCAUUUGGAUUGAAUUUGCGUUAGGUAAUAAUCAAAUGAAAUAUUAUUAGGGAUUUUGGAGACCUUAUUUUGACAAUAAUUUUAUUGAAGAAUGUUAAAAUUUGAGGAUAAAUUGUUUAGGACAAUGGAAUUUUGGAGAUAGUUCUUGUUAUACAGGUCACAUAGGGGCCCUUUGUGAACAGUGUGAUAUUUAAAAUAUUAGAGGGGAUGGAUAUUUUUCAUAAGCUUAAUAAUAUUCUUGUGGAUCAUGUGAGGAUAUUAACUAUAAUAUAGCAUAAAUUAUAGGAUUCAGCAUUUGGUAAUCUAUAAUUAAUAUUAAGGUCUCUUAUUACAAUUAUUUUAAGUGUUAAAGGGGCCAAUUCAGUUUAAAAUUAAUAAUUAGAAUUGUCUAAUAUAAUUAAAAAUAUUUAUUUGAUCGAAUCACCUUACUUAAUAAAGAUUCUAACAAAUUAUUUGUAAAUCAUUAGUUCAUUGACAACUUUCAAAUUAAAUUUGCCAGUAAAUUUUUUCUAUUUUUUAAAUGGUGUUGGCAAUCCAAUUCAACAAAUUUCUUAUUCUUUGGAUUGUUUUUUGAGUAAAAAAAAUAUUUUUAUUAAAUAGAUAAUUUGACAUCUCUGGAUAUUCAUUAUAUAAGAUUAAUUUGGUAAUUAAUACUACCUUGUAUAUAUUUUACGAUACUUUUAAUUAUUUAUUCGAUUUUAAUAUUUGUUGGAUAUACUAAGUAUAAAGGACCAAUUGUAAUGACAAGUGUUAUUUACAUGUAUAUCUAUUUUUAGCCAAGCAUUAUAGGAUAAUUCAUAGCUCUUAUUUCAACAAGAAGAAUAUCUGAUAUUCCUUGA